AUGUCUCAUUCUCUAGCUGGCGAUCACGAUCCAAACACAUCGCCUACCUCCAAUCCGCACCCGACCACGUACCCGCAAUUCUUCCUCUUCGGCGACAGCAUCACUCAAUUCUCCUCCCAGGUCCUCUUUGCUUCCCUAGCCGAGUGGUACUCCCGCCGUCUCGAUGUCCUCAAUCGAGGCUUCAGCGGCUACACGGCUCCAAUGGGCUAUGACGUCCUGCGGCAGUUUUUUCCCUCAGACACCGCUCCGUCCCCGACCACGCCGAGAGUACAGUUGAUGACCAUCUUCUUUGGUGCAAAUGAUGCCUGCCUCCCAGGCCAUCCCCAACAUGUUCCUCUUGCCAACUAUCGACAAGCCCUGAAAUCCAUAAUAACCUCCCCGGGCGUCGAGCUGCACCAAACCAAAUGUCUCCUUAUCACUCCACCGCCCGUGGACGAAUGGCAAUUAGGCUCUACCGAGAGAACGGCAGAACACACAGCGACGUAUGCAUCCGCGUGUCGAGAGGUAGGGAAAGAAAUGAGCAUCCCAGUCCUGGACUUGUGGACAAUAUUUAUGAGCAAGGCAGGAUGGAAGGAGGGUUCAACGGGAGCACUAGUAGGAAGCAAAGAUGCGCCCAGGAAUGAGGUCUUGGGAAAGUUAUUGAACGAUGGACUGCAUCUCACUACGAAGGGCUACGAAUUGAUGUACGAAGAAUUGGUGCAAGUGAUACAACAGAAGUUGCCGGAUCAGCUACCGGAGAGACUGCCCAUGAUAUUCCCGGAUUGGAAGGACAAGCUGGGAGUUCUAGGGUGA